CUGAUAUUUUGUUUGAUGGUAAUGCCACUCCAAAUACUUUAAUGGCGACUGAUUGGAGUAUAUUUAGCAUUGGUAUGUCUCUCACGUACCAAUGUUCCAAUGGCUAUACUAUGACUGGCGGGGAAAGCAGCAGAGUUUUGGGAUGUUCGGGAGUCGGGUCUAAUUAUGCCGUGUGGGACGGUGACUUUAGUCCAUGUUUAAGGAACGUUAACUGCACUUCGGAAUAUCGUCCUUACAUGAGAAUGACCCCUGACUCGGGAGUUGUGUCCGUCGGUAACACGGUGGAUUACACGUGCGACCCGCCGUAUGUCCUAGACAAUGGGGAUAUCACUGGCACUAAUGAAUGUACUAUGUACAAUGAAACGCAUGGGACUUGGAACACGACACAGCCAAGUUGCGAAAUUGCUGAAUGCCCGGUAAUAGAUCAUGGACGAUCAAAUCGUAAUACCACAAACACUUCCCUUGGAACGACUGUAAAAAUAACAUGCAAGAAGGGAUACGUAUUCAGUAACUACCUCGAAGAGGUUAUUAUUCGCUGCGAAUUUAUAAAUGGUACAGGAGCAGUAUGGAGUGAAGCUCUGCCUAGGUGCAGGGAAAGUAAGGACAAUUAA